UUUGAUUUUAUGCAAACGAGGUCUUUAUCGAACAAACCCUCGUUGAAUCAGACGGAAGAAAUUGAUUAAGUCCUUGGUAACAUGUGGGGUACUUUUGAACAAAAUUGUGGCCCAUGUAAAACCGAUCUCUGAAUCAGCACAACGCCGAUAUUGCACGGACAAGACAAUGCCGGAUUCUGAAAACCCUCGCUCGUAUGUACGGCCUGUCCCUUUGCCAAUUCCAUCACAUCAAGGUCUGAAGAUCACAGCUCGACAUGCAAAGAUUUAUACUUGUGAAGUUCCAACUCGGAAAGAAGUUGCGAGAGAGAAUUAUGAACGACGUCGGCACCAGAUGAGCAAAUGUGGUUAUCGCUCGGUAAUUUAUAAGCCGUAUCAACCGGUUGGAGAAGUCUACUUGGAUGACAAGAAGCUUAUUUUGAGCGCAUUGGGCCAAGAACAGUCGGAACAAGAUAAUUUGGUUCAAGAUGAAUCAUCAUCAUCAUCGCGAGAGUCUGAAUCUGAAGAUAAAGAAUCUACGAGACAAUCUAAGGAUCAGCAACCUGUUGUACCUCAACCCACAAACUAUAAACCAAAAGUUAUAAAUGACAUCAGGGCCCAGGUCAAUAAAGGAAGGAAAAUGAUACAUGCUGUUCGCCUUGGCUUUGGAUUAUAUAGGCUUGUCCAUGAUGAACAAAACAGAAAGCAAGCUGAGGCUGACAAGGAAAGGAAACAGAAAGAGGAGGCCGCUAGGAAUCAGAUGAAACCAGCAUCAACUGACAGUGAACAAUCUGAUGAUGAACUGGAUAUUGAUCUUAAAAACUAUAUGAUCCCGCUGCCAAAUAGUCCAACACCAGAUUCUGAACGAGGAUUUGGGGAGCUCCUUGAUCCACAGCAAGCCCAACAGAGACCUAACAGUUCACACUCAUCAGCCAGCAGUAAACGUUGGAAACGACUGAGUACAACAGUCAGUGCUUCGUUUUGGAGUCCACAGUCACCCCAGCCCCAGUUACAGGUCUCAGCACCAAGCCCCUCCCAAUCAACAGCUGCAGAUCAGCUUCAAAUUGACAGAUCAUCAACUGCCCAGCAGCCAGGCAUAGAUCACGUGAUGGACAGCCCACCGUCCACCCCCACCCUCCCCCACAAGCUCUAUCUCCACCCACCCAAGUUAGCUGCUCGCAGUACAACAUCGAAAAGUAGCCGCAGAUCCAAAAAGCUCAAAAGCCCUCGUCCGUACUCACCAGUCUUUACUAACAUCAACUAUACUGAUGUCACAGACAGAUUUAAACGAAGACCCAAGAGCCAUUCGAAGAAGAGUGGAAAAAGACAAAGCUACUGAUAAAGAUUGGGUAACGUUCAAGCAAAACCCGGCGCGAUUCACUCAGCGUGGAACCCGUAGAGGUACAAGACGCAUCUCAAUCCACCCAAAUGCUAUUCAACGUUUCUCGAUUACAAACAGUGGUGGCCAGGCCCCUACGCCGGGUCCUAGUUCGCUUCGUGUUCCAGCGGAUGCUCGACCCCGGAGUGGAACGAGUAACACGGGAGAGACUGUGGCGUCAUCUCGGACAGAAAUAACAACAGAGCAGACGUUAGCUGAUCAGAGGGUUCCCCAAAAAGAGGACAGUGUUAGCGAACUUCAAAGCAAUGCGCCGAAUAAUGGGCCCACUGUGAAAUUUAUAGACCCAAAGAUAAGAGCCGUAUCAGCCCCGCCUGGACCAGUGGGUGACCCAGCAGUCGCAACAGGGGUAUUACCAGUAACCAUGUCUAACAUCACGUUAAAUGGGGCCCCUCAGAACGGAACACAGUCAGGUACCGACAAAGUGACGCAACCAACGAAGCUUCAAAAACAAAAAUCGUUCACAGUGACAACAGUAUAUACUCCACCGUCAAACCCCAGUAAAGCCAUGCAGAAGCUACGCGCCAAGACAAGGGCUGCCAAGGCAUUCAAGAGCACAUUGUCGCAAAAGGAACUGGAAAAAUUAACGUCGAAACCAGAGGAACAACAAACUUCUACAGAUUCGCGUGUCAGGGCCUGGGUGCAGGCUACGGGUGCAGUGAAGAACAAGAGAUUUGCAGCGGCGGCAAUCGCAGCAUUUGGUACCAUAAGCUUGGAUCAUCGCGUGGAAAAAGUCCCGAUUGAUCUGAAGACAAAAUUCAACGAAGUCGCAGACGAGAAAGCGCUGGUAUUGCACGAUAACUUGGAAGUUAGGGACAGAACCCGACUACAAGUGUUGGAACGUAAAUUGAUGUGUCUGGAGACAUUUAAUAACAUCUACAAAGCCCUGGAUCAGAUUAGAAGUGGCAGUGUAUUACCUGACACAGAAACCAAUGAGGAGAUGAGACAGCGAGUCACGGAGGAAUGCAAAUGGUACAAGGACUUACUAAGUAAUCUACCUCAAGAAGUGAGGGAUGAUCGCUACUGCACUCUGGUGUUAAACAAGAUCGCUAGUUAUGGCUCCCUGGAAGGACGAAAGAUAAGUGGUAGUCAAUUCCUGAAGGUGCUAUCGACGCUCCGAGUGUGGGAAAUCUGUGCUCCUGAUAUAAAUCCAGCUAUAGAGUUUGUCCGUGAGAAGAUCGUAGAGAUGUCAGAACUGGAGUUUGAAGAUUGGCUAAACGCUAAAUUUCCUCAACCACAGAGACCUGUUUCUGCGCCGCCUCCGAGAAGCAGUGGGUUUCGAUUUUAAGUAGGUCAAUUGUUAGGAUAAACUGAGAAGCCUAAACCAAAAACACGGAGCGGCCCUUCAGAGACGUUUCUUUUGUUCUAGUAGAGACGGGUGGGAAUGGCGUAUUGUCCAAUUGUACGAGUUUCUUUAUUAUUAUUGUUUUUGGUCGAAAUUCCGGCUCACAAUAGAAAACUAAUUAAAAGGGCAGUUGUAUUAGGGCAAACAGUGGCAGACUCAGGCCUUGAGCAAACUGUGGGGGGGGGGGGUACACCUGCCGGCUUUUCUUCCUUCUGUAUUUAUCUUUUACCCACAAUGCGAGGGGGGCACCCCCUCCCCUUGAUCCGCUACUGGUAACGUAGUGGAUGCUUCUUUCUUGGGGUAUUUUAAGCAAAUUUUAUUGAUACAGUAAAGGGUUUUCAAGCAGAGUUCAAUAUCUCAACCUUGUGCAAGCAGAGUUCAAUAUCUCAACCUUGUGCAACUAGGAAAAGCAAUCUCAAAGGAAUCGAGAGUCUGUUGGUUAGGGUGUAUCGUGUUAACGCUAACUUAGAUUACUAUUCCAUACUACUUCACACUUACUCGAGUCUGCCUGGAAAAACUUGGUUCAUGUCUGAAACACCCAGGGUAAAACUAGAGUCGGUAUCCAAGGACAUUGCAGUGUAAAUUUGAUGUAACACUCAGUUUUAUAAUCAACAAUUCUCAUUGAUAUCUAAGAAUGAUUCGUGUUCUGCUCGUUUACGAAAAUACAACCUUUUGCCAAAUACUGAUGGGUAUUUUGAAGACUAAAUUUUUGAACACAUUGAAAGCAUCGCUCUAUUUCUUAUAUUUUUAUACCUAUUUUUCUUGAUAGAAAGUUUAGCGACUUGUAAGUUGCAUAUGUUUUCUAAAAUAAGACUUUUGUCAUAAACAGUCUGUAGAGUGAAAAUUAAGGUUGAAUGAUUACUUUAUAUUUGUACGUUCCU